AUGCGCGUCGUCGUCACGCAAAUCGCCGGCCUCUUCUGGAAUUCGUACCUCAGCUACAAGACGCAAACCAAGCUCGAUGUCUACGCCACCUGCAAUUUUAUGGUGAUCCGGAUGCAAGCCGCCGAGCGCCACCUUCGCCCUCCGACCCCCAUUUUGCGAGCCGUUGUCUCGUGCGUGUUCCGUCUUGUCCGCACAGUCGCCACAGCAGUUCCCCAAGAGACGCCCGCCAAAAUGAGCCCGCACGAAUCGAACCAUGCGCUGUAUCAGGCAGCCAUCUCGCGGCUCAACUCGUUGCAAACAAACACGCAGACGCUGGAGAAGCUGCGCGAGAAGCGCCACCUUUUCCAGGAAAGCAACGUGCCUGAAUGCGUGGAAAUUAUGCGAAAAUGCGGCAUCGAGCCCGAAGACAUCAAUGGGUUGAACGUGAUUCACGUCAGUGGCACGAAAGGCAAAGGAUCGACGUGUGCGUUUGUCGAAUCAAUGCUACGAUCUCUUGGCUACAAGACGGGGUUUUACAGUUCUCCGCAUCUGGUACACGCGCGAGAAAGGAUCAGAAUAAACGGGAAGCCGAUUUCGGAACGGGCCUUUGCUGAGAAUCUCUUCAGCGUUUACGACAGAAUCGUGAAAGCGGUCCAAGAAUCCGACCACCUCUCCAUGCCAGCGUAUUUCAAGUUUUUGACGAUCCUGGCAUUCGACGUCUUUGUGCGCGAGAAAGUCGAUGUUGCGAUUAUCGAGGUCGGCAUCGGCGGGCAGUACGAUUGUACGAACGUCAUCGAAAAACCUAUCGUUACGGCCAUCACUACCCUCGACUACGAUCACACCUCGUUGCUGGGGAACAGUUUGAAAGAAAUCGCGUGGCAUAAGGCAGGGAUUUUCAAGUAUGCCGCCCCGGCCAUCGUCUCUGAUAUCGCUCCAGUUAGCUACGAAGUGAUGCGAGCGAGGGCAAAAGAAAGACAAGUUUCCACACUGGCCAUCAGCCCGCCCCUCUCUUCCUACGAUAUCGCCCAGGAUCUGCAUGCCGGAAUCGCCGGACAUGGCUGGAACGGAUGGGAACAGGAGACAUUUUCGCGGAAGAACGAUGGUGUUUCCGGGAAGCCGUUCAGCGUGCCAAAAGUUUUGCUGCAGGCUAUAGAGUCGUGCCACUGGCCGGGCAGGAGCCAGGUCGUCCACUCGAACAUUGGCAACUUUUACCUCGACGGUGCGCAUACGCCGAAAUCUAUCGAGAUGUGCGCCGCCCGGUUUGCGGGUGCGGUUCCGGAAAAGAAGGCCGACUGCAAGAGGGUGCUGCUUUUCCAUUGUACAGCCGAUCGGAAGCCCGAGACGUUGUUGCCUUAUUUGAAGCCCCUCCACUUCGACUACGCUCUCUUCUGCCCGACGGUCGUCAGCCGGACACAAGACGGAAAAUCCGACAUGACCAACUUCAACCAAAACGUCGAGCAGGCCUGCAAACGCAGCAUCGAGGCCAGCGAGACGUGGACGACAAUUGAUUCAAAUACGGAAUGCCACACGUUCCCCUGCAUCCAAUCGUCAAUCCGCUGGCUCGAGCAACAACACCAACCCGGGCAACUCGACGUGCUGGUGACGGGCAGUCUGCACCUCGUCGGCGGUGUGUUGUCCCUUGUCGACCCGGAAUCUGCCGUU